AUGUCCGGUGUGACGACGGAAUUCUGUGAGAACGUCGUGGAGCAGUACGAACCCGCACCAGAAGCCAAGGAGAACAACUUCAUGACUGUGGAUGGUUGGUUUUUAACUCACCAGCAUGCCAUACAUACCUCAUAA